AUGCAUAACGCUAAACCCGAUCCUGGACCUUUAUAUCAUCGUCUUAAAAAUGCACCUAUCGAUCAAAUUCCUAUCAGUAAAGCUCCUCGUCGUCAAAAGUCAUCUCGAUUUUAUGUCACUGAAAAAGUUCAAUUGGAGCCCACGCCUGCUUUUCACGAGGUGCCAAUUCAUAUGCGUCAAGAUUUAUUUAUCAGAAAGAUAAAGCAAUGUACAGUCGUAUUUGACUUUAGUGAUCCUUCAUCUGAACUACGAGAAAAAGAGAUCAAGCGUCAGACUCUUCAAGAAAUAUUAGAGUAUAUUUCAAUGAACAGAGGCGUACUAACAGAAAAUGUGUAUCCCGAGAUUAUCCAUAUGUUUGCUAUCAAUCUCUUCCGUCCAAUUCCUCCACCUGUCAAUCCAAUUGGUGAUGCAUUUGAUCCCGAAGAAGACGAGCCUGUAUUAGAACUUGCUUGGCCGCACUUACAAAUCGUCUAUGAAUUCUUUCUUCGAUUUUUGGAAUCACCUGAAUUCAACAUAAAUUAUGCAAAAAAGUACAUUGAUCACAAGUUUAUUAAUCAGCUCUUGGAACUCUUUGACUCUGAAGAUCCUCGUGAGCGUGAUUUCUUAAAGACAACCUUGCACCGAAUUUACGGCAAAUUCCUCAACCUGCGUGCCUUCAUCCGUCGAUCCAUCAACAACAUAUUUUUCCAAUUCAUCUAUGAAACCGAGAGACACAAUGGCGUUGCUGAGUUUUUAGAAAUCCUUGGAAGUAUCAUCAAUGGAUUUGCACUACCAUUAAAGGAAGAACACAAGCUAUUCCUUUCCAAUGUCUUGAUUCCUUUACACAAGGUCAAAUCUCUCGUCUUGUAUCAUCCUCAACUGGCUUACUGUGUUGUUCAAUUCUUGGAAAAGGAUCAAAGCUUGACACACGAAGUCAUCACCGGACUAUUGCGUUACUGGCCUAAAGUGAAUAGCCCAAAGGAAGUGAUGUUUUUGAAUGAAAUUGAAGAAAUUUUAGAUGUGAUUGAUGUUCAUGAAUUCCAAAAGAUUAUGUGUCCAUUAUUUACUAAAUUAAGUCAAUGUGUCGCAAGUUCCCAUUUCCAAGUAUCAGAAAGGGCCUUGUACUAUUGGAGUAACGAUUACGUUGUAAGUAUGAUGGCAGAAAACAUAAAGGUAAUUAUGCCUCUGAUAUUUCCAACUUUAUACAAAACUUCAAAAACACAUUGGAACAAAACCAUCCUUAGUCUGGUAUAUACGGCGUUAAAGCUAUGUAUUGAUAUCGAUCCGGCCUUAUUUGACGAAUGUGCUAAUGAAUACAAAAACCAAAAGCAACUAGAACGUAAAUUACAAAAGGAAAGAGAAGAUAAUUGGAAAUUACUGCGACAGAAAGUAGAAAAAAUGUCAGUUAGUAGCAAGGAGGCAGAAUUCACACCACAAGAAUCAAAGAAUGAAGUAUUCCAAAAGAUGUGUGAUGAUGAAAUAGAAUGUAUCACGAAUGAGCUCGAGAGUGUCAAUAUAAACGAUGAAGAUCUUGUAAACCAUCAGAAAGAAGAAAAAGACCUUCAUUCUGAUCUUCAACAGAUUGAUGGUCCACCUGCGCAAUACCAAACUUUCAGACGAAAAUCUAUUAUACCUGUAGAUGAAACUGUAUUUAAUGAACUAUCUCGACACGUCAGCUUAGAUGAAGUAUUGAGUCAUGCACCGGGCGCUGCUACUCAACAAAGUGUACCCAACUAA